AUGGACAAUGGUUAUGGUUGGAAGGUAAUUGCAAUAGUUAGAGUAGAUUACAAAUUAUUUACUUUGGUGGCAGAGCUAGAUCCACGUGUCCGGCCAAGCCCUGAGGCGAUUUCUGGCCAUGACAGCACCUCCAUAAAUCAAUUUUAUCUAUUUGGCUCGAAAUUAUUGGCCCGGAAGGGAGGGAAAGAAGCCUUAAAAUGUUUGGAAAUUGAUUCCUUGGCAUUGUUUCUUCUCUACUUUUCGGCCCGUUUUUUUAUUCCCUCAGGGCCCAUCUGUCCUGACCUUCGGGGGCAAAUUCAUUCCGCAUAUUUCAACUAUUUUUUGAGGGGUUUAGGGAAAUUUCCGCGGUUCAAGAGGGAGAAAUUCUAGCCACCUUGGAGAUCUGCGGCCGCCAUUUCGGCCGAAAACAUUUUUCUUUGGGUGAGCCCAUCUUCGGCCACUUGUCGGAGCUCGUUAUCUAUUCUAUCCCCUCUACUUUUUCAUUAUUUUUUUACAACGUGACUCAACCUUUGGAUGUAAAUAGAUCCAGGUUUGGGGGUUGAAAAAAGGUCAUCAUUUAGAGUUUUUUUUAAUAGUCAUCUGUUUUUCACAUGAAUUAUUAUAUUACACAAGGUAUUUAUAGUCCCUACUCCGAAACACUUACAUUUCCACAUUUAUCCGUAAAUUGUAGCUAAACGCUUUCCUCAAUUAAGCCCUUUACUUCAACUACUUUCCCCCUCGCAAAGAAGUAAUCAUUCUUUUUAAGGGCCUCACCAACAAAGGCGGGGUGGCCAGACCGGUUCAGAAGUCCAUUCAAAUGAUGCCUCAGGCACGUUUGGAUCUGGAACAAAAGGAACCCUUGAAAGAAGAGUCCAUUAUCCAGGAGAAACUGGACCAAUAUCAUGAUCGGACACUCGUCUUCGAGAAUGAAGAGAAGAUUAUUUAUCUCUUCGAUUACUGUAAAAGUGAGUCCGGUAAGUCUGUUUCUCUCACUUUCCCAUAAUCUUUCUCUCACUAACAGAAAAUUGUUUAAUUUUAUUGUCCUUUCAACAAUCAUUUAGGCAGUGGGAAGUCGGAGAUUCUGAAUCGUCAUGUUCUGAAGAAGCUAAAGGAUAAUGAUCACUGGGCCGUGAUCAAGCACCCUUUUGUCCUGAACUAUGUGAAUGAGCGGAUCUUAUCGUGCACUCUGUUCUACACUUUCCAUAUCAUUGUUUAUUUCGUCUUCCUGUUCCUGCUGUAUUCGUAUGUCCAUUCAGCUCCAUCAAUGGCCAGGAAUCUGGUGGUCACUUCAAUCAUCGGUUUCUUCGUCUUCUUCAUGCUGAUCAAAGCGACGUUGAAACUUCAGAAAGGAUGGAGUGCCGUCUCUUUUUGGUUCAAGAUCUCAUAUACUUUUAAUUUCUUCACAUAUGCUCUGACAUUAUUUUACAUUUGGUCAUUCUACCUCUUCAAUUUUGAUGAUUACAACAAAGAGAUCAAGCAGACAGUCAGUUGGUUCCUACCUAUCUUUGCUAUUCUCAGUUCGUGGAUCAACUGUUUGUAUGUGCUGAGGAAAAGCCCCUGCGGCACUUAUAUUCUGAUGAUGAGCAAAAUCUUGAGGAGUUUUCUUGGGGUAAGUAAUUCACAUUAUUUUCUGAUUUUAGAUGAUUUAAGACAAUAUUUUCUGAUAUUAUUUAAGACAACGGUCAUCUGGAUCCCAACGCUCCUCUGUUUCGCUUUCUGUUUCCAACUUAUUAUGAGAGAUAGUGGCACCCAACCAUGGGAUGACAAAUCUUACGGUAACUACUCUAAUAUUUUCAUGGCCAUGUUCCAAUCUUUUACCAAAACUUCGGCCAUGAUGAUUGGAGAAGUUGAGGCCAAUGACAUCUUGGAGAGGAAGACUUGGAUCGCCAAUCUUCUUCUGAUUACGUUUGAAGUGAUAACGGUCAUCUUGCUCAUGAAUCUGAUGGUAAAUUAAGUCAUAACAAGACUUUAUUAAAUAUAAAAUUUAGAUCUCGUUGGCUGUUGGUGAUGUCAGUGAACUGAGAACCUCGGCCGAGGAAUACUUGCUCAGAAUCAAAGUGAGAAUUGUUUAGUAUACAGAUUUAGAUAUUUAAAAGAGCGUCUUUUAUAAAUUGAGGCUUCUCAUAACAAGGGCUGGACAUUUUCAAAAAUCGACGGGGUCUGGAGUUAUGGUAUCUUUCAUGUUGCCCGUACCGUACACCGAAAUUUCAUUUUCGCUAAAAUCGGUGUAGAAAUACCAUCGCACACGUCGCCAGUAUACUUUUUGACCGUGGGGAAGAUUUUUGUAAUUGACACUUUUGUUGUAGAAUGUUGUCUUAGACUAUCUUGAAAAAACCAAGCUUUCAUUUUGAAUACAAGUUUUGUGCAAUCUAUUACAAAAAUUAUGCAACAUUUCAGAAAAUUCUGAGAUGGUAGAUUUUUGGAAAUGUCCGGGCCCUGCUUCAUGUCAUAAAAAACGGUCUUUAAGAAGAGCGAUAUUAAUUAUAAUUUUAGGUUAACUUUUGUAUCGAAGCCCUCCAUUUAUCGGAACAAGUGAGUCUUCUGGAUUGUCUCCCCUUCAUCCAAGUUCUGCAUCGUGCUCAGACCAACAAUGUGCUCGUUAUGCACAAAAACAAUGAUGAUGUUUUCUCCAUGCAUAUCAAAGCCAUUCGUAAGUGCUGAUCCUGCACUGGAAAUCGAUGGUUUUAAAUUUUUAUAUUAUUCCAGGCCUGAUUUUAAUGUUUAGGUGGUCGUUUUUUCACCGAAGAGAACCUGUUCCCACCUCAUAAAGAAGAGGUCUACGAACUGGUCAUGAAUGCCACAGGGCUUAAAGUCCGCAAAGAUAUGUGGAACACCCGGUCGACAGUAAUGGCACUCAAAGAUCUGACCUUCCGGAUGACCGAAUCCACGCCCUCAGGCAUCAGAUUGAUCAGGAAUAAGGACCAUGGGAAGGAGUUGCUCACUUUCAAGGACCCUGAGGGCAGUUGGAGAAAGUUUCAGCGAUGGUUGAUAGGGCUCAAUUGGAAGGCCCUUCUUUUGAACUAG